CAAGCGCAUCCACUAUUCUCUGACUAGUGCAGUUGUCUUAUUUGAUAGCAGUAAAUAGAAGUGAUUAAAGUUGUUGCUGACCAUACGUGACACUAUGGAGACCCUCUUAAGAUUGUUGCUGUUGUCCUUGCUAGCUGUUGAACAAUGCCAAAUAAAUGCCUAUGAUGUUAUAGCUGAGAAGCACAAAGAUGAACAGCUGUUGCUUGCAAGUGAUCAACCAGAUUAUAGAGGCUAUAAUUUUGAAGAUGACCCUUCCUGGACUACUGGGGGACUUGAUGAUUCAAUCUUGGAAGCAAAUGAGCAACAGGUUGGAGAUUCUGAUUAUCAUCCACAACAGCAUGCAUGGACAUACCAACAUCCGAAGCAACAGCUGCCACAUGUGGUCCAGCAACAAGAAGGGCCUCAGCACUCAAUGAUGCCCAGCUAUCCUACAAAAUGGUUGCAACACCCAAAGUUGUCUGAGCACCCUGGGCUACCUGACUUUCUGCCCCAACUACAGCAGCCUCAGCAACCUGAGAUGCCCAUCUACCUGCCCCAACAACCAAAGCAGCCCCAAUACCAUGAAACACCUGCCUACCCAUUACAAUAUCCCCAAAACACUCGGCACCAUGAAGGGUCUGGUCACACACAACGACAACAUCAAAAUACUGGUAACCCUAAGAUGCCCCCUCUGCCACAACACCCCAAAGUGCCUGGCUACUCUCAGGUGCAGCAGCAGCAGGCUCCCCAGCACCCCCAAGUGCCUGACUACCCUUUGCAGCAGGAUUCACAGCAGCCACCACAGCAUCCCAAGGUGCCUGGCUACCAUCUGCAGCAGCUGCCCCAGCUCCCCAAGGUGCCUAGUUACCCUCCUCAGUACGAGGCUCAGCAUGCACCCCAGCACCCCAAGGUGCCUGGCUACCCUCGGGUGCAGCAGCAGCAGCAGGCGCCCCAGCACCCCAAGGUGCCUGGCUACCCUCAGGUGCAGCAGCAGGCGCCCCAGCACCCCAAGGUGCCUGGCUACCCUCAGGUGCAGCAGCAGGCGCCCCAGCACCCCAAGGUGCCUGGCUACCCUCAGGUGCAGCAGCAGCAGGCGCCCCAGCACCCGCCACAGCACCCCAAGGUGCCUGGCUACCCUCUGCGGCAGCUGCCCCAGCUUCCCAAGGUGCCUGGCUACCCUCAGAUGCAGCAGCAGGCACCCCAGCUUCCCAAGGUGCCUGGCUACCCUCAGGUGCAGCAGCAGCAGGCGCCCCAGCACCCCAAGGUGCCUGGCUACCCUCAGGUGCAGCAGCAGCAGGCGCCCCAGCACCCCAAGGUGCCUGGCUACCCUCAGGUGCAGCAGCAGCAGCAGGCGCCCCAGCACCCCAAGGUGCCUGGCUACCCUCAGGUGCAGCAGCAGCAGCAGGCGCCCCAGCACCCCAAGGUGCCUGGCUACCCUCAGGUGCAGCAGCAGCAGCAGGCGCCCCAGCACCCCAAGGUGCCUGGCUACCCUCAGGUGCAGCAGCAGGCGCCCCAGCACCCCAAGGUGCCUGGCUACCCUCAGGUGCAGCAGCAGCAGCAGGCGCCCCAGCACCCCAAGGUGCCUGGCUACCCUCAGGUGCAGCAGCAGGCGCCCCAGCACCCCAAGGUGCCUGGCUACCCUCAGGUGCAGCAGCAGGCGCCCCAGCACCCCAAGGUGCCUGGCUACCCUCAGGUGCAGCAGCAGCAGGCGCCCCAGCACCCCAAGGUGCCUGGCUACCCUCAGGUGCAGCAGCAGCAGGCGCCCCAGCACCCCAAGGUGCCUGGCUACCCUCCACCGCAGGCACAGGAAGUGCAGCAACCACCCCAGCACCCCAAGGUUCCUAGCUACCCUCCACAACAGCAGGUGCUGCAGCAGCAGGCACCCCAGAACCCCAAGGUGCCUGGCUACCCUACCCAGCAGUCCCAGCAUCCCCAGGUGCCUGAAUACCUGCCCCAGCAGCCUAAGCACCCUGAGGUGUCUGCCAAGCAACCUUUGGUAUCCCAGCGAUCACAGCCCUUACAGGGGCAUAGCCAGAGACCCCAAGCACUUCGCCAUUCUGCCAAGCUACCCAAGCGACCUUACUUUGCUCUCCAGUGGCCACAUCCUCAACCUAAGUGGUUGCAAAAAGCAUAGGUUCACAUUACAGUUAAACAAAUUGAGGAAUGGUUAUAGGCACUAAUCUUGUCUGCUGUCACCUGAACAACUGCAUUGACUUCAAAUAAAGUGUCAACUUAAACACAA